AAAACUAAACCAAAACCACAUCCGAGAGCAUCCUAUAGUGAGAGAAUGAAGGAUAAUAUUUUGUAAUGUGCACGAACAAUGUUAAGUUAUUUCACUUUGAUCCUUUCCUUGAGUUCUUUCGCACCAAUUAAACGAUUGAAAUUCACCUCCGUUUAGUUUUUUCCCCUCGGUGGCCCUUAUAGGUUUGGGCUCUCCCCUCUCGUAAUGGAUUCAACACUAUUUCUAAACCCCGCAGACUUUGAAUUACCCCACGACUACGACGAAAACGCAGAAGCAAAUCUCAUUGAAAUUCCCGCAGACUUUGGAUUAUCCCACGACGACGACGACGAAACCGACGAUGAAGAAGAAGACGACGACGACGACGAAGACGAAGAGUAUGUUCCCGCCGGGGCGCCUCCUAGGGUUUCGCACGACGCUCCCCGUGUCAGUACAUCCAACAGCGAAGUCGUUACCCUCAUCGAAUCGCAGAACAAGCGCCGUAGAACCGAAGGAGGCGAGGCUUCUUGUUCCUUCGCGAAUGGGAGCCUGAGCCAAGAGAACGAGUGGGCCAGCCCUGACGUUGACGGUCUCCUUUGCCCUAUUUGUAUGGACGCUUGGACCAAUAACGGCGAGCAUCACAUCUGCUGUCUCCCUUGUGGACACAUAUAUGGCAUGUCUUGCAUCAAAAAAUGGCUUCAACACCGCAGAAAUUCCAAUAAGUGUCCUCAAUGUAAAGUGAAAUGCUCGUUGAAGGAUGUGAGGAAACUCUAUGCCUCUCAAGUAGUGGCCGUCGAGGAAGAAAAUCAGAAGAGAAUUCGGUCACUUGAGGCCAAAUGUGCUGCCCUUGAAAGCAAGGUAAGUAAUUGGCACAAGAAGGAAACUGGAUGGCAGAAAAGGGAAGCUGCAUUGAGUUUUCAAGUUCAGAAGCUUACAGAGGGAAGUGAUUGCCACAAGAAAGAAGCCGGAUGGCAGAAGAAGGAAGCUGCAUUGAAUCUUCAAGUUCAGAAGCUUACUGAGAGAAACACUUAUUUGGAGAUGCUACUAGAUAUGCAGAACAGGCAAUUGAUGUUCAAUUUUGAAUUGCAGAAAACAUUUGAUCUGGAUGGUGCUCGUGUUUUUGAUAUGGACAUUUCAAAUCAAAUUUUAUUAAUUGCACAAAAGCGAAAGGCAAUAGGUGGAAUGCACUUGUUAACUAAAAUGAGCUUGAUGUCUCCAUUUGAGAUGCAAGACAUCUUACUGCCUUCUGGCACAAAUGGUGUUAAAGACCUACACAUUUCUGCUUCUCAUAGUAGUAGUAGCCUGGCCCUCUUUGCUUCUCUAGGAAAGAAAUUAUCAGUGCUCAGCUUGGACAGCGGCAACCUUGUUGUCAAUUAUGACCUACAGGUUCCUGCAUGGUCUUGUUCAUGGGAUCUCAACAAUUCACAUUACAUAUAUGCUGGACUACAGAAUGGUUCUGUCUUGGUGUUUGAUAUGCGCCAAACUGCAGGACCCAUGAAAUCCCUUGUUGGUUUGACUAGCAACCCUGUGCAUACUGUACAUGCUCUUGCACAAACUUCAAGUUUGUCUUCUGGUGUUAAAACCAUCCUAUCUGCAUCUGCUGUUGGCCUUUGUCAGUGGAACCUUGAUUCUGAAGAGCGGCCGCUUAUGGUUCCUGAAACUGAUAAUCAAGGAGUUUGCAUAUCCCUUGCCUAUUGCCCUAGCAGUGAUGACAUUGUUGCUUCAUACCGACCGAAAUAUGACAUGUCCAUGGAUCUGCGUCACUCUCAACCAUCGCCAACUCCUCCUAGGACGCAACACGGAGUACAGGGCACUCAUGUCUUGUUCAAUAGAAUGGGCAGUCAUCAUUUCCAAAAGGUGGGUUCCUCGUAUGCCAGCGUAAGUAAAUUUCUACUACCAAAAUGUGUAAUUAUGGACAUAGAGGAUCAGAGCAGAUUGUUUGCGUCUUUGAAUGAAGAUACACGUGAUUUGGUCUUGCAUGCGUUGCCAUCUUUUAGUGUUCUUCAGCAAUUGAAAAUGCAAGCUCAGGGUCGUGAUCUUAGGUACUCACCUAGCCAUGGAAUUCUUGGUUGUUUAAGUGAGAACACAUUGCAGCUUUUUUCCAAACGCUCGUGGUAAAGGUAAUUCUUCCUGCAAUGUCCUUUCAAGAAUAAGGGGUUCUUUGGGGUUGAUUUUUUGGGGGUUCAUUCACGAUAUGCGAGAAAAGAUUGAUGUAGCACCUAUUGAGAAAAAACGGGAAACCACUUAAGGUAAUUUGGACAUGUACAAAAGAGACCACAAGAGACGUCAAUUAGAAGGGUGGAUAACAUGAUUUUUUAGUCCAGCAAAAAGGAGAAAAGGGAGACUGAAGAGCAAAAAGGAGAAAAGGGAGACUGAAGAGGACAUUGUAGGAAAUCAACAAGGGAGACCUUAGACUCAAUAUCUUUGAAACCUUGAUUUUCUUCUGUGUUGUGUCGAGUACUGUAGUAUAAUAAUGUAACUGACUUUAUUUAAUGGGAUAAGACUUUGUUGUUGUUCUAAAUUAUUCUUAGAAUUUUAGGUUUCCUUAAAGUAGUUGAUAGCUUUCCUUAAAUUACUUUGUUCAUUCUUCUCUAAUUAUUUUGUAGGGAUUUUUUCCCCAUUUGUUUGUAAAUUGGAGCAGUAAUGCUGAUAUUGAUGUGACAAUGGUAAGAUACAGAUUGUCGUUAAGAACAAACCAUGAUUACGUGAAAGUCACUAAAACUAUUAA